AGCUCCGUCAUCCAGUUUGCAGGGAGUCAAAGGAGUAGGGAGGGAGAGGGAGGAGUGUAAACCAGUGACUGAGCGAAUGAGGGACGGGGAGAGUGGAGCAGCACAACAAUAGUGGGCUGCUCUUCUGGCUGUGGACUCACAGAGACGGAGAGCGUGCUCAGAGCAACACACUGACACCCUGUGAGCCAGCUGCAGGCAGAUCACAGCUGGAGUUCACAGGCAGACGCUACAAGCUGAUCAGUUUUUUGCUUUCUUACCUGCCGUCUCUGAGGCGAACAAUCCUCACAAAAGUAUUGACGCCGGAGCAUUACAGGACUUUCUGCAGUUACUGCAUUGGAUCUUGGUAUUAUGUUGACCUGAAGAGUGUCCUCAGACACAUUUUGGACUAUUUUUUGUUGUUGUCUCAGGUCUUUUCUGCCCCUGUCACUCCUCGAUCUCUGGAGCGGUGAAUUCUGAGUUUUGUGGACUUUGGAUUUUUACACUCGGCCAGAGGGCUCACCUACGUCACCCCCUCUGGGGACAACAUUUCCAGUUGUUUGUUUUGAUAUUUUUGCUCAGCAAAGGGGUUGCUCCAUUUGCAAAGGCAGGAGCUCCAGAACAUUUCUGUCCUGUGUGUCUACACGUGUGACACAGAGCUCGUACUGGGGGAUGCCUCUGAAUGUGGUGAUAGCCCCAGCAGAGGACUGCUUUUGGCCGGACCUGCACGACACAGACAUGAGGCUGAAGAUUAGGGUCCGCCGGAUGAAGGAGGGGAGAGAGCUCCGAGGAGGUUUUGCAGCUUUCUCCUCCUGUUUCCCCGGCCUGUGUGAGGGGAAGCCUGCCACUGCUUUACCAAUGAGCUUGUCCCAGCCCUGUUUACCUGUGGCUAAUGUAGGGCCAACUCGCAUCCUGCCGCACCUCUAUCUGGGUUCACAGAAAGAUGUCCUGAACAAGGAUCUGAUGGCCCAGAAUGGUAUCACCUAUGUGCUGAAUGCCAGCAACACCUGCCCCAAGCCUGAUUUUAUCAGCGAGAGCCAUUUCAUGCGCAUCCCAGUAAACGACAACUACUGUGAGAAAUUGCUUCCCUGGCUGGACAAAACUAAUGAAUUCAUAGACAAAGCUAAGGUGUCAAACUGCAGAGUCAUUGUGCACUGUCUGGCUGGAAUCUCGCGUUCAGCAACCAUCGCCAUUGCAUACAUCAUGAAGACAAUGGGGCUGUCAUCAGAUGAUGCCUACAGGUUUGUAAAGGACAGAAGACCGUCCAUAUCCCCAAACUUUAACUUCCUGGGUCAGCUGUUGGAGUUUGAGAAGGGCCUGCAGUUGCUCAAAGCUUUGACCUCCGACGACAAGAUCUCUGAUAACACUAAGCAAAACUCAGAGCUCAAUGGGGUCACUACAAGUUUCGAGAUGAAUGGUCACCACAGCAACAGCGACUCAUCUGUAGCAGAGCCACACAGCCCGCCAGAACCCAAGCUGCCGUCCCCCACUUCCCUCCAGCAGGGCUUCAACGGGCUGCAUCUGUCUGCAGAGAGGAUCAUGGACACAAACAGGCUCAAGCGCUCCUUCUCCCUGGACAUUAAGUCCGUCUACUCGCCCAGCAGUCCGCGCUGCCCCACUCUGACACAUUCUGAAGACGUCCCCAAGCUCUGCAAGCUUGACAGCCCAGGAACAGGAACCUCCAAUGGUGUCUGCUCCAAGUCGCCCGUCCUAGACAGCCCCAGCUCUUGUGACUCUCCAUUCCCCUCGCCAGGCAGUGGGGGCAGCAUAGGAGGCUUGGGGUUCGGGGGAAGUGAAGGGGCACAUCGGUCUGGUACCCCCUCAUCCAGAUCCAGAAGAAAACCCAAGCACAGUUGCAACAGUUCCCCAGUCCACUCCCAACCGAACCGACCUCCACAGUCCCUCAGCUUGACACUGGACCACAAGAGCCCGAGCCUGGACGAGAACAUACAGGGCACCCUCCUCCUCUCAUUACCCUCCCUGCCCACGGUGGGGUCCGGGACCAUGUGGACCAAACACAGAGACACCGUGCAGGCCACCACCCCUGUCACUCCGGUCACCCCCACCACGGAUGCUCCCUGGCACUUCGGGGCGGAGGAAGUUGGUGAGAGAAAGAUGGAGCUCGGAGGAGAUGAAAAGCGAGAGGAGACGGUUAGGUUCGGGAGCAACUCGGCGUACUUGGCGUUCGGAUGCAGCGAAGGUGUGAGGUUACGAGACAAAUCCCAGAGGGAGAAGCCCUCGGCGCCGCAGACGCAGCGAGACCACAGGGAGUCGACGUCGUCAUCGGCGGCGAACAAGUCCGCCGGCCUGACCGGCAGCGCGCCCGUGUCGGAGAAGCAGUUCAAGCGGCGCAGCUGUCAGAUGGAGUUCGAGGAAGGCAUCUCCGAGACGAGGUCCAGAGAAGAACUGGGGAAGCUGGGGAAGCAGUCAAGCUUCUCAGGGAGCAUGGAGAUCAUCGAGGUGUCCUGACAGAUAAUCCACAUGAUCAGAGUUUCUCUUUGCGGACAAAAGUGGACCUGGUCGGGGGGAGUGUAAAAAAAAAAAAAAGACCUCUGAAGUUGAGCGAAGGAGGGUGUUUUGUGCUUUCCUCACAGACAGUGUUAAGACUCCAAAUGAGAGAAGGACAAAUAAAAAGCUGAGAGUUGAUGUAAAAGGCUAGAAAGCGAACUAGUAUUCACACAUGGACAGACAGAGACUCAGAUGUGGUGCUGACCAUAUCCAUCCUGAACUCCAACACAAAUAUGAAGAAAGGCCUCGGGAGAAGGAGGAUACAAGUGGUGUGUCUGUUGGUACUGAAACUCUUUAUUAUUAGCUCUCUCUAAGUUAAAAAGAAAUGACCCUGGGCUAAUGUCACGUUGCAUCCUUAAUAUAUACAGUAGAGUUCCCUUAUUUUGACAGAGUUCAGACACAAACUGCUUGCCUCUAAUCCCAUUUAGUGUGCUUCAGUGGGUGUAUAGCUUGUGAUUUGAACCAAGCCCCAUGUUUUCUUCCCAAAGCUUUCACGCCUGUGUCAGAAAGCCUCAUAACUGUGCACGGUAACGUCCACCCGCCCCCACCCUCCUUCCCAGUGGCUCUGCCUGCCAAAGACACUGCAAAACAACAAAAACAACAACAACAACAGUAGUGUUCUGGGUAACGGCACCACCUUCUCACAACACCACAGCACAAUACAGAGCGAUCCUAAGGACUUAAAGGCGGUACUAUAUUCAGACGGUGACGGAUCCUCAGCGUUUUGUCGAUGAAGAGACUUUGAGUCAAAGACUGACGGGCAGUGUCCCCCUUCCACCCCUCACAAAAAAAAAGCACAUUGUGUCCUUCCUGACUUUGGCUCCCUCGUUUCCAGUGUUAAUGGCGUGAUGGAACCGAAGUUUUGGGGUGCUUCCUUCCAAGCCCGCUCCCACUGAACCCAGUCAUCAGCCAUAGUCACCAGUGAGCAUGCACCCGAAAGGCUGACUACAGACAGACAAAUACUAUGUAUACGAUAUGAAUAUAUAUAGCGAUUUUAAUGGACUUCUGUUGAGUUAUAGUUUUAAUUUAUUGUAUUGGUUCAUUCUGGUAAUGAGAAAUAAUAUAAUGUUUUGUGGAUUUAUUUCUUUUUUUUUUCUUUUGUCAAAUUAUUAUUAUUAUUAUUAUUAUUAUUAUUAUUAUUAUUAUUAUUAUUAUUUGCUGUAUGGUAUUUAUGAACACACACUCAUACAAAUACACACUCAAUGAAUUCAAGCAAGCAAUAUGUGCUGUCCCUUAUUUGGAGAGAGAGAUGUAUGACAUUGAAAUGCACUUUUCUGCUUUCUGGUUUAACAAUUACCAUUUAAACCCGUGCAACGCGAUACUCUUGCAAGUCUCUGUUUCAUAUUUGGAAGAUGGCAUAAACGUCCCAGUAACGGUAUGAGUGAGAACAGGAUCUCUGAUUUUGCACAAUGUAGGGUGAAUAUGUGGAUUUAUCACGUAUAAAGCUCAAGCCUCAACUGAAAAGACACUUAUGUUUGAUUGUGUGCAGAAGAAGACGGAGUCGCCACCCACUUUCAAAUCACACGCACGCAGUGACAUAUGACAACACACGCUCAAUCAAACAUAUACAUUUUUUCAGAAGUUUAAGACUUGGCGUCCUCUCCGAGCCAGCACCAGUUUGUCAGUCAUGAUCACAGCACAUCCUACCAAAGCUGAAACUAACACACAAACACACAUCACACACACACACACACAUUAUACUGUAUGCACUUCCACUUGUAUUCACACGUCAAGCAUUGGCCCUACACUCGCCCUUUUGUUCAUUCUCAGGGGAUCUUUCAGUGAGCCAAGCCCAACACAGGGUACACAGCUGCUGGUACAUCAGCACAAUGCAUUUCCAUAAAGCUCCCUCGCUCGCUCUCGCUCUCUCUCUCUCUCUCUCUCUCUCUCUCUCUCUCUCUCUCUCUCUCUCUCUCUCUCUCUCUCUCUCUUUGUCUUUUAUUUUGGAAUUUCCAAAGUUUUAAUUGAAACAACGUAACACAAUGGGAAGAAAAAUCAGGAUCUUGACAUUCUGAGUUGAAAGGAAUGAAAACUUUGCUCUCCUGGUGCGAGAUGGUAAUUUAUUUAUGAUGUAAAAUGUGUUUCUUUUUCCUUUGACCCAUGAUUAGCUUUACACUCUCUGGCGAUCUCUGACCUUUUUGCUGCAGCUACAAGAUGUUUGGAUAGAUUCCCGUGUUCCCCUGAGGUCCAAGCAACCUCUUCUCUUCUCAUCCUCCUCCCUAUAUUUUUAAGAAACAUUGUAAAGAUUAUUUGUGCUUUGUAACAAGGAUGAUGCAGGCUGUCCCAUUAUUGACAUUGUAUUAUUAUUAUUAUUAUUAUUAUUAUUAUUAUUAUUAUUAUUAUUAUUAUUAUUAUUAUUACAAACUAGCAACAGAUACAAGAACACUGAAUUUAAAGUUUUUAAGAUGAAAUCCUGAUACCUUAGGCUGCUUGAUGCAAAAAUACCUCAGGUUCUAUUGAAAGGCUUUUCCUUCCCCUGUACAUGUUUUGUGAAAAUGAGACAAAUACAGACAUGAUAAAAUA